AUGGCAACUUUCCUAUCGCAAAUAGAAGCUGUGUUAAACUCUCGUUCCCUGUGCUCAGCCAGUGAUGAUAACUGCGAGAUAUUAACACCAGGACAUUUUCUAGUUGGAAGGCCGUUGCUAGAUAUUCCAGAAAGAAGCAUACAGAAUAAGCUUGGUUCACUAGACUGGUGGAAAAUUAUUCAGAAAAUGCGGACCGAUUUCUGGAAGCUUUGGCGCAAUGACUAUUUGAGCAGUCUCCAGCAAAGAAGCAAAUGGAAAACAUCGUUACCAAAUGUCAAGGUUGGGCAGAUGGUUAUUGUAAAAGACGAGGCUACCGCUCCUGGAAGGUGGCCGUUGGGAAAUGUAGAAGAAGUAAAUAAAGGCAAAGACGAGAAGGUUCGAGUCGCAACAGUUAAAGUGCAGAACGGGUGUUUAAAGCGGCCCAUACAAAAGUUAUGUCCGCUGGAGAUAUUCGGUAAUGGUGAUGAAGAAGCUGACGGAGAGGUGGUGCAGACAUAUAUUUGCAAAGUACCUCGAAGGAAGCCUAAGAAGGAAUAA